AUGAAGGUUCAUACGAUCUGUGUAUCGCGGAUUUGGCAAGAAGACGACUUUACCGCGUGUUUUCGAGAGAACUUCAUCAACUUGCUCUUUCCGGCUUUUAUCACCCUGAUCUCAAGUAUCAGUCUGCUAGUCAGCAUUCGUGUGAACGCGCAUCGGGCUAGUUACAAUGAGUCCCAGCAUCUACCACAGCUUGAGAUUGUCAGCGCUUCGUCGGAUGAGGCCAGCGCAGAGUUCGAGGGAUAUAAACCCGCGGUGCUGCUGAGUGGCGCUGCCCUGGGUGAACUGCUCGUGCUUGGCGGGUUGCUUAGCAUCCACAUCAGCCAGCUCCUACAAGCGCUCUCUAGCGGAUCUAGCCUUUUUCAACAGUCAGCAUCGGUAGUGUCCUGGUUUUACGCGGUUCUGGUCCUGAAUCUACCUCUGCUCAUGAAAAACGCAAGGUGGCAGCAACAACGACCCUGGGCGCAUUCCGGCACGAUCUAUCUUACUCAGUGGCUCUCGGCGGCGAUAAAUAUUCGCUCGAUGCUGCUAGACCGCGGAAUAUACCCGGAUUUGUACACACUUCUACUUGACCUUGGUCUCAAGACGAUACUGGUUGGCAUUCUCCUCUUCACAACAAGUCCAGACAGAGCGAUACCGACAUCACUUGAACAACGAGCUUCAGUAUUUUCCCGCCUUACCUUCUUCUGGAUGGAUCCGAUGUUGCUGAGAGGGUAUACCCAGGGUAUCAGCAUAGACAUGCUGCGGUAUCUCGACCAGGCAGACAAAGCCCAAAAUAUUCUGGCAUCCUACCAAUUACUGAAGAAAGACGCUGCAUUGUUAUGGAAAUUAGUGUCUCUAUUCGGAGAUACAUUAAUUUUGCAAGGCACAUGGGCCUUCGUUGCGGGUAUACUCACCGUUGCCCCCGCUCUGCUUUUGAACCUGAUCCUAAGCUCCCUUGAGCAGCCCGGACGCUACCCGCAACAUCUAGUGUGGCUUCUUGUCAUACUAUUUCCGUUGAUCGAUCUUGCCAAGUCGGUUGCAGACGGACAGGCCCUCUGGCAGGGUCACAAGCUUUGUCUCCGGGCACGCGCUUUGCUGAUUGGUGAAGUGUUCCGGUUGACACUGCAUCGAAAGUCAGUUCACGAAACGGCGCCUACAUCCCGAAACACAAACACAACCUAUACCAUGCUGGUAAGGCUGAAGACAUGGGUUCGAUCAAAGUUAGCUGCGGAGGAGGGCACUAUUACCUUGCCCAUCGACUCACCUACCGCCAGCCUAUCUAGCUCAGAAGACAAAGAUGUCGAUUCGAGAACCGGUGAACUAGGCACCGGGAACGUCAUCAACCUGAUGUCCAUCGACAGCUACAAAAUCGGUGAUGCCAUGUCUAAUUUGCACCUCCUUACCAUCCAAGCGCCUAUGCAGAUUAUCAUCACCAUCGCGAUGCUAUACCGCAUCCUGGGAUGGAGUGCCUUUUCAGGUCUCUCUGUCAUGCUUCUCACGAUUCCUUUCAACAUCACGCUGAGCAAAGGCCUAGUCCACAAUCAAGAAAAAAUGAUGGCGUCGACGGAUCAACGAAUUCAUGCAUCCAACGAUCUCUUCCGGAACAUCCGCACUGUAAAGUUCUUCGCCUGGGAACGUCAUUUUCGCGCAGUAGUAAACGGUGCGCGACGUAUGGAACUGAAAGGUUUACGCUAUCGUUUCGUAUUAUGGGCCGCAUUCAACACCGCUUGGUUCGCUGUUCCUGCCCUAAUGACGCUGAUCUCUCUCACCUGCUACACGACGUUGGAGGGGAAAACAUUACGCCCCUCCUUGGCUUUUGCAUCCGUAUCCAUGUUUACACUCCUGUGUGUUCCUUUGGGCAACGUAGGACAUGUGUUGGCCCAAGUCAAUGAGGCGGGCGUGUCUCUGAGGCGUAUCGAGGAGUUUUUAGGGGAUGUAGAGGAUAUCUUGCCUCCUGCCAGCACUACCAUCGAAGACACUACGGAUAGUCACAUGUUGGGCUUCCAUCAUGCUCAGUUUAGCUGGAGCAAGCGCGGUGAAACUGCAUCUGAUUCGUCCAUGGCCUUCGAACUGCACGACAUGGACUUCAGCUUUCAAACAGCAAAACUCAAUGUUAUCGUCGGCCCAACAGGUGCAGGCAAAAGCUCUCUACUACUAGCUUUGCUCGGGGAGAUGCGUCUAGUAAGGGGCGACCUAUCAUUCCCUUUUGCCCGGAGCCGCGCCUACGUCGCACAGACACCGUGGAUAUUUCAUGGGACUAUACGGGAAAACAUAUUAUUCUCGACCCCCUACGACCCAAAACGAUAUCACCACGUCAUCGAGAUCUGUGCUCUCGAGCGCGACUUGCAUUGUAUGAGUGCUGGUGACGCUACUGUCACGGGUGAAAACGGUAUUACACUUUCUGGUGGACAGAAGCAGCGCAUUUCCCUUGCUCGUGCGAUCUACUCACACUCACGCACCUUACUCCUGGACGACUGCCUCAGCGCAUUGGACCCACAUACUGCUCAGUUUAUCUUCGAAAACUGCAUCAAAGAGCUCCCUUCUCAAGGUCGUACAUGCGUCCUCGUUACACAUAACACGGCGCUUUGCAUGCCGGCAGCUGACUUCGUGGUUGCUUUGGACAAAGGUCGUGUUAUCGCUUAUGGAUCUCCCCGUCACGUCUUGAAUGCCGGUGUGUUCCCUUGCGCUGACCAUGAUGCAUUGGAUUCUGAGAUGGCGAAGAUGAAGCAGGCGCCCGAAUCAUUCGAGACGCCGCGGGAGGUCUGGCAAUCCCGACUGACCUCACCAAACGGAAGCCAGGAUACCAUCGUAGAACCUGACAACCAUACACCUACACUCCAGGACAGCACAGGUGCCGAGGAUGCAGGCGUCGUCGAUUGGUCGGCUAGUAAACUUUAUCUGUUUGCCAUGGGAGCUUGGCCAUUCUGGGUGGUCUUGAUCUUUUUAUUCGUGGCAGAACGAAUGGCUGGUGUGGCGUCCACCUUGUGGAUUGGACGAUGGUCUAACGAGUCUAUGUUGAGCAACGAUAUCAAUGUUGCGGGGUUCGGACAAACUGUUCACGCACAUGCCAUAUGGCUCUUCAAUUCCCGGAGUCAUCCCGGUCUCUCUGCGCCUAUCACUCAACAUAACCUGAUGAUAGCGAGCCAAGUGCUGCCGCAAGAUCCCUCCAGUUCUUCGACCAAUCCUUGGCAUCAUAUCUUCGUCCUCGCUAUAAUCAGUCUUUCAGGCAUCGGCUUCGUGAUCAUUCGAGAAGCUUGGGCGGCCUUUGGUUCGCUAACGGCGUCACGAAAACUGCACGCCAGGUUGCUCAGCGUCACCACAAACACGACAUUCCGUUUCUUCGAUACAACCCCCCUUGGACAGCUCAUGAAUCGCUUCAGUAAAGAUAUGGAGAUUAUCGAUCAACAAAUGACGCCUGCUAUCAUGUACAUUGUCAGUCUUAUCCUCGACACGAUUGUUUCCAUUGUUGUCAUUGGAUGGACCACGCCGCAGCUCCUGAUCGUGGGCUGCUUCAUCAUCUUCAUCUAUCUUGGCAUAGCUAGGUUCUACCUACGCUCAUCGCGAAAGCUCAAGGAGCACGAGGCUAGAGGCCGGAGUCCACUAUUCCAGCAAUUUGGUGAAGUGCUCACCGGGCUUGUCACGAUUCGAGCCUACAACAACGAGCAGCUAUUCCUCGAGAGUAACGCAGAACGCAUAGACACGCAAUCGCGGCCCUUUAUCCACCUCUGGGCCGCUAACCGAUGGCUAGCUCUCCGCACUGAGCUUUUGGGAAACCUCUUGUUUGUCCUGACUAGUGUCUUCAUCCUGCUGAGCGACAACAUCAACCCCGGCUUGGCGGCCGUCUCAUUAACGUAUGCGAUGAGCUUCUCCAACAAUCUCAUUUGGCUUAUACGUAUGUACGCUCAUUUCGAGCAGAACAUGAACUCCGUCCACCGUAUUGGUAACACAUUGAGCGCAGAGCAAGAGGCAGACCCAGACACGGCGCUCUACCAUCCCAACGCUACCUGGCCCUCGAACGGCGUGAUCGAGUUUCGGCACUUCUCAGCGCGUUACCGGCCAGACCUAGAUCUGUGCCUUCGCAAUAUCAGUUUCCGCGCUCACCACGGGGAGCGGGUUGGUAUUGUAGGUCGUACGGGCGCAGGUAAAAGCACUCUCGGCCUUGCCCUCUUCCGGGCCUUGGAAGCUGAAGAAGGAGCAAUCCUAAUAGACGACGUGGAUAUCAGUCAAGUCACGCUAGUGCGCCUCCGUCAAGCCGUUACUAUAGUACCCCAGGACCCUAGCCUAUUCGCUGGCACCAUCCGGUCCAAUGUAGAUCCCCUACACGAGCACUCGGAUGCAGAAGUGGACGCAGUGCUUCAUCACGUGCAGCUGUCAGGCACGACUGAAGGCGAAUUGCACGCAGGGGCUCUCAUCGUUGACGCCGGGGCCAAUUUUUCCCAGGGACAACGACAGCUGCUGUGCCUCGCACGCGCUCUCCUGCGGCAAAGCCGCAUUCUCAUUAUCGACGAAGCGACGGCUUCCAUCGAUCACGCCAGUGAUACCCUGGUGCAAGCCGUGUUGAGCGGCCUCGACGCUACAGUCUUGACAGUAGCGCACCGUCUUGCUACUGUCGCAGACCAUGAUCGCAUCGUUGUCCUAGAUCGUGGUGCUAUUAUCGAACAGGGCGCCCCUUGGGUACUGCUUCGCAACCCUCAUAGUGCCUUCCGCGCCAUGUGCGAAACGAGUGGCGAGUUUGAACGUCUUGUGCACAUUUCUGAGUGCGCUCGACGUGCGAAGAAUAUUAUAGAUAUAGAUUUCCUUGAGUAA